CACGUGCGAUGGACGGUAACAGCUCUGUUCCGGCUGCGCCUCUCGUGACCGGGCCUCACGUCAGCUCAGCGAGCCUGACGACAGUCCCUCGGCCGGAGCGGGCGGCGGACUUCGGUCCGACCACGUCAGCGGCGGGUGGCCGCCCCGCCCGGCAGGCCCCGAUAUGACCGGCCGGCGCCCGGCGGCCGGCACCAGACGCGGGGCGCACACCGAGAGAGACGGACAGAGACGGACAGAGCGAGAGGAGCGGGUGCGCUGACGGACAGAGUGAGCUGCGUGGGAAGACAGGGUGUGACUGCCGACUGACCUGUGAAUAGAACACGAUGACGUCGCCUGCUAGUGCCGCCGUGGCCCGGAAGGAGGGCGUGUCCGACGCUCUGCUGCGAGAGGCUGAGCAGUACCGCACUGUGCAGACCCUGCGAACGUGGCCGGUAGUCACCAACACCUCGGCAGCCGUGCUGGACGGCUAUUACACCCUGAAGGAGGGGGACGUGGCGCGUCCGGUGCUGAACGUGUCCGAGGAGGUGGUCGGCGCCGUCUGCCGGCUGGCCGUCCUGCCGGUCGUCACGUCGCCCGUCGUGAAGACCCCGCUGAGGAUGGCCGACUGGGUGGGCGCGCUCGGCGCGGAGCUGCUGCAGAAGGCCGUCCCCCGGCUCACGGACACCAAGCAGCCGCUGAGGCUGAACGCGGAGCUGCUGCUGAGCCUGCUGAUGGUGCCGCUGACGCUGAGCGUGGCGCUGAGCCGCGACCUGCUGGAGCUGGGCGUCCUCAAGCUGGUCACCACCUUCCCCGGCCUGCAGCCGGCAGCCAAAGGGUUCGCGGAGAAGUCUCUUCUGGCUCAGUGCGGCACGGCGCUGCUGCUGCUCUGGGUGUACCUACCGCUCCUGCUGCUGUCCCGACCGGUGGAGACGGUACGCGCUCUGGUCUCUGUCCCCGGCCAGGCCGUCGCCGCUGUGAUCUCCUGGGCCCGGGAGGCCGCCAGCGCCGUGGCUGACGAGCUGGCCGCCUGGGCGAGCGCCGUGGCCGAUCUGGCCGUGCAGGCUGUCAGCUGGGUGGCCGCCACCGCGCAGACCGCCUACUACGUGCUGUUCGUGAUGACUGGCCUCGAGCCGCUGCUGGCGGCCCUGCUGGAGCGCGCCCGCGCCCUCCUGGCCACCUCUCGGGAGGCCGGAGCCAACCUGGUCAGCACAGUCCGCGCGUCUGCGCCCGGUUCGGGCCUGGUAAGACGCAUGCUGAGCUGGCGCCGGUCCAGUGGGCGCGGGAGCUCUGGUGCGGCGGAGCCGACUGUCAGCGCGCAGAAGGGGAGCAGCGCAGUGCCGGCGCCGGCGCUGGCGGCUCCGGCCGGCCGGCAGACCGCUGAGCCCGAGCUGUGGGCACCGGGGAGGAUCGGCGGCGCCCUGUUGGUCACUGUCAGCCUGUGCGGAGUGGCGGUGGCAGUCAUCAGCCUCUGGUGAGCUGCGCAUGAGCACCGCUAAUCUCUGAGGAAUCACUGCGGGAACCACGAGCUGUUGGCUGACCCUGGGCCGAUUAGCCGUGCUCUGUGGGCUACCGUUUGUUCUUCUGUCACUAUUUCGUGUCCAAGAAGAAAACACUCGAGCUAUCAUUUGGUUUUCCGUGCGAGUUUCUCAGAGAAGUGGAUUUGGCAUGUACUCAGCACAGUGGGAGCUCGCGUAUUACUGUGAAUACUCGACCCUCCCAGGACAUUUUCAAGUGAUACAUGCCAGGGAAUACAAAUGCGUGUGAUGGUGCAAUCAUGUUAAGCUUCACAGGAUUGUUGCUCAUUCCAUUAGCCUAGUAGUAAUGGUGCUGGGGUAGAUGCGCGUGCUUGUUGCUUACGGAGAGUUGUGUUGUGUAACGCAUUUCUGCACCUAAUGUCAGAGUUAGGUGCUGUAAGUGUGAAUCGCACGAACUAGUUUCCAGCGCUGGGCGCCCGUUUCACCCGUUUGGUAUCUGUCGAGGGCUUCCGGUGCAGGGAACGGCUUGAAACGACUGUGCUCAUUUUCGGCGGGGUUUCGAAUAAAAGGACCAUUUGCCCUUGUGUACGCGUCUUUGCUUCUCUCUGUAGCUCGGCGAUUCUCGAGCUCAUUGUCAUGUUCGUAUCGUGAAGCGGAAGAUCGCGUUAUUUUGCAUUGUUUUGGAUGCUAUUGCGAUGGAUGUGUGCAUUGUUUAUGCUAAGAAGCGGUUGCCCUGUGUUCUGGAAUGCAUCCGGGUGGUAGAACUUCGACAUUGUGUUUAAUAAAUAGCUGGUCAACCCAGCCCUGGGCUCA